CGCUUCCCCCGCUCGGAGCGAGGCGGCCGGCUGCGGCGGUGAGCGGCAGCUGCGCGGCCAUGGGCGCGCCAGUGUCGCCCUAGGGCGGGAGCAGAGACCUCAGCCGGAGCGGUGGCGGCAGCCUCCACAGAAAGCCUUUUCGGGCGGCGGCGGCGGCCACUGCAGCAGCGCGGCCGAGAUGAGCGGGAGCGGCGCGACGCCCGGCCAGGGCUCGGGCUCCGGCUCCUCCCCGGCCGCUUGCCGCUUCGCGCACUACUUCGUGCUGUGCGGGAUCGACGCGGACAGCGGGCUGGAGCCUGACGAGCUGGCGGUUUUGUACCAAUGGCUAGAAGCAGAUCGUCAUGGCAAGAGCCAAGAUGCUGCAAAUACGACUUCAGGUGAAAAUUUUGACCAGAGUCCUUUGAGAAGAACAUUCAAAUCCAAAGUUCUCGCCCACUAUCCUCAGAAUAUAGAAUGGAACCCUUUUGAUCAAGAUGCGGUAAACAUGUUGUGCAUGCCUAAAGGGCUAUCUUUCAGGACACAAACUGACAAUAAAGAUCCCCAGUUUCACUCAUUUAUAAUUACCAGGGAAGACGGUUCUCGCACUUAUGGUUUUGUUCUCACUUUUUAUGAAGAAGUUACAAGUAAGCAAAUCUGCACAGCAAUGCAGACACUCUACCAGAUGCACAAUGCUGAGCAUUACAGCAGCGUGUAUGCUUCAUCUUCCUGCAGCAUGGACUCAUUGGCAAGUAGCCUUGAUGAAGGAGAUACAACUUCCCUUUUGAAACUCCAGCGAUACAACUCCUAUGAUAUCAGCAGAGACACCCUGUAUGUUUCAAAAAGUAUAUGCUUGAUCACACCGUUACCAUUCAUGCAGGCCUGCAAGAAAUUCCUUAUCCAGCUUUACAAGGCUGUUACCUCGCAGCAGCCACCACCCUUGCCACUUGAAAGCUAUAUCCAUAAUAUUCUUUAUGAAGUACCCCUUCCACCUCCAGGGAGGUCACUGAAAUUUUAUGGUGUUUAUGAACCUGUCGUCUGCCAGAGGCCUGGGCCCAGUGAGCUCCCCCUCUCUGAUUACCCACUUCGGGAGGCAUUUGAACUCCUGGGAUUAGAGAACCUGGUGCAGGUGUUUACCUGUGUUCUUUUAGAGAUGCAAAUCCUUCUCUACUCACAAGAUUAUCAACGCCUGAUGACUGUGGCAGAAGGAAUCACCACACUUUUGUUCCCAUUUCAAUGGCAACAUGUUUAUGUGCCCAUCCUCCCUGCUUCUCUGCUACAUUUUCUUGAUGCUCCUGUUCCCUAUCUGAUGGGCCUUCAGUCAAAAGAAGGAACUGACCGUUCUAAACUAGAACUUCCUCAAGAGGCUAAUUUAUGUUUUGUGGACAUUGACAACCAUUUUAUUGAGUUGCCUGAAGAAUUUCCACAGUUCCCCAAUAAAGUGGAUUUUAUCCAAGAACUCUCUGAGGUUCUUCUUCAAUUUGGGAUCCCUCCUGAGGGCAGCCUACAUUGCAGUGAGAAUACCAGCAAACUGAAGAAUCUGGUUCUGAAAGACUUGGUCAGUGACAAAAAGAACGGCAAUGUCUCCACUAAUAACAUCACCAUGUAUGAGUUACUAAAGGGCAAUGAAACCAUAGCCCGCUUGCAGGCUCUGGCCAAGCGGACUGGUGUGGCUGUGGAAAAAAUGGACCUCUCUGCUUCUCUGGGUGAAAAAGACAAGGAUUUAAAACUGCAGUGUGAAGAGGCAGAACUAAGGGACUACCAGCUCAAUGUACAGCUCCGAGAGGUCUUUGCUAACCGCUUUACACAGAUGUUUGCAGAUUAUGAAGCAUUUGUCAUUCAGACUGCUCAGGACAUGGAAUCUUGGCUGACCAACCGGGAACAGAUGCAGAACUUUGACAAAGCUUCCUUUCUGUCUGACCAGCCUGAGCCUUACCUGCCAUUUCUUUCACGCUUCAUUGAAACACAGAUGUUUGCCACCUUUAUUGAUAAUAAAAUUAUGUCUCAGUGGGAAGAGAAAGAUCCUUUGCUUCGGGUCUUUGACUCUCGGAUUGAUAAGAUAAGGCUGUAUAAUGUAAGGGCACCUACCUUGCGGACAUCUAUAUAUCAGAAAUGCAACACUUUAAAAGAAGCAGCCCAGUCAAUUGAGCAGAGACUGAUGAAAAUGGAUCACACUGCAAUCCACCCACAUCUACUUGAUAUGAAAAUUGGUCAAGGCAAAUAUGAGCAGGGGUUCUUUCCAAAGUUACAGUCCGAUGUCUUGGCAACAGGACCAACCAAUAACAAUCGCUGGGUAAAUCGGAGUGCCACUGCACAGCGCAGGAAAGAACGCCUUCGCCAGCAUUCUGAGCAUGUUGGGCUGGACAACGACUUGAGGGAGCCUUCCGGGGAACUUUUGGUCUGUCAGAACUCCAUGGCAUUCUGGGAGUGGGAUCAGGGUCUACCUCCUCCUGCACGACUUCCUAAAAAAUCCUUCUCUGAGUGCUGCCUGAAAUAUAUGCAAGAGGCACGAAGUUUAGGAAAAAACCUGAGGCAGCCCAAACUGUCAGACCUCUCUCCUGCAGUGAUUGCACAGACCAACUGGAAAUUCGUAGAAGGCUUAUUAAAAGAAUGUAGAAUGAAGACAAAACGCAUGUUGGUAGAGAAGAUGGGACACGAAGCGGUGGAACUUGGCCAUGGAGAAGCAAACAUCACUGGCCUGGAGGAGAAUACCUUGAUUGCCAGCCUCUGUGACCUGCUGGAGAGGAUAUGGAGCCAUGGCUUGCAGGUCAAGCAGGGGAAGUCGGCUUUGUGGUCUCAUUUAAUUCAAUUUCAGGACAGAGAAGAGAAACAAGAGCACCUUGCAGAAUCACCAGUUGCCCUCGGACCAGAAAGAAGAAAAUCUGACUCAGGAGUUAUGUUGCCAACGCUCAGGGUCUCUCUUAUCCAGGACAUGAGGCAUAUUCAGAACAUGAGUGAGAUCAAGACUGAUGUUGGACGAGCUCGGGCAUGGAUAAGACUGUCUCUAGAAAAGAAGCUCUUGUCCCAGCACCUUAAGCAGUUGCUUUCUAACCAACCACUCACCAAGAAGCUUUAUAAGCGAUAUGCUUUUCUACGUUGUGAAGAAGAGAGAGAGCAGUUUCUUUACCACCUUCUUUCUCUCAAUGCUGUGGACUAUUUCUGCUUCACCAGUGUGUUCACUACUAUCAUGAUUCCAUAUAGGUCAGUGAUCAUCCCAAUCAAAAAGCUAAGCAAUGCAAUCAUCACAUCAAACCCCUGGAUCUGUGUAUCAGGAGAACUAGGAGACACUGGAGUAAUGCAGAUUCCCAAAAACCUCCUUGAAAUGACUUUUGAGUGCCAGAACUUGGGGAAGCUGACCACUGUUCAGAUUGGCCAUGAUAACUCCGGACUGUUAGCCAAAUGGCUAGUGGAUUGUGUCAUGGUCAGAAAUGAAAUCACAGGACAUACGUACAGAUUCCCAUGUGGACGGUGGCUGGGGAAAGGCAUUGAUGAUGGGAGCCUGGAAAGAAUUCUAAUUGGAGAAUUGAUGACAUCAGCAUCAGAUGAAGAUCUAGUAAAGCAGUGUCGGACUCCACCCCAGCAGAAGUCACCCACCACAGCUAGGAGAUUGAGCAUCACUUCAUUGACAGGAAAAAACAACAAACCCAAUGCUGGGCAGAUCCAAGAAGGAAUUGGAGAAGCUGUGAACAAUAUUGUGAAACAUUUUCACAAACCUGAAAAAGAGAGAGGAAGCCUCACCGUAUUGCUGUGUGGAGAAAAUGGCCUGGUUGCAGCCCUUGAACAAGUUUUUCACCAUGGGUUCAAAUCUGCCCGCAUCUUUCACAAGAAUGUCUUCAUCUGGGACUUCAUAGAGAAAGUGGUUGCUUAUUUUGAAACAACUGACCAGAUUCUAGAUAAUGAAGAUGAUGUCCUUAUUCAGAAAUCAUCCUGCAAAACCUUCUGCCACUAUGUAAAUGCUAUUAAUACUGCACCCAGGAACAUUGGGAAGGAUGGCAAAUUCCAGAUUUUAGUUUGCCUUGGAACAAGGGAUCGCCUGCUCCCACAGUGGAUUCCAUUGUUAGCCGAGUGUCCUGCCAUCACUCGAAUGUAUGAAGAGAGCGCUCUCCUGCGAGACCGCAUGACUGUCAACUCCCUUAUCCGAAUUCUGCAGACCAUUCAGGACUUCACCAUAGUCCUAGAAGGAUCACUCAUCAAAGGUGUGGAUGUGUAACCAAACUGGCUAGAAACUUUCAGUCCAAACCUUGCUCCGUCCCCAACUAGGGGACUGAUUUGGACUUGUCUGACAGUAGUGAAUUACUGCAGGGGACAGCCCAACUUAUGCCCCAUUUGGAACUAUCCUCACUCUACAGACAAGGCAAAAUGUUGUAUUGUAGUUCAUUCGAACCUGGAAUUUAGUAUAAAAUAGAGUAUUUUCAUGUGUUAGAUGUGUGUAAAUAUGCUAUCUUCUUUAAGAAAUUAUAUUACUCUAAUAAGAUGCUUUUCUUAGACUGAAUAUUCCUGUGACUUAAAAUAAGUAGCUUAAAAAUGUUGGGGGUUGGGGGGAAGAGUGGUGCUAGCCAGGAAGAAGCCAGUAAACAUGUAAAUAUAGUGCAACCCAGUCGGGCUUUUUUUUUCUCCAGAUAUCACAAGGAAACCCAGAAUGCAUUGUUAUGUAGUAGCCAUCCAUCUUGGAGUCCGAUCAUUUGUAUUGUGAAUGCACACAGCUUUACCUACUGUACCAGUAGUCUUCACUUAUAUCUUUUAAGUUACAAACUGUUGUAUGCAUUUGAAUCGUUAGUCACUUUUCCAGUCUUUUGGAAAAAUCUUUCAGUCCGCACAAGAUGAUAUAAUUAAAGUAUUUUAAACACUAGACCCCAGGAGCUUGGCUGAACUGGAAAGAGAACAUACAAAGCCCUGAGAAGUGUGUUCAAUUGUGGGAUUAUAACUUCUUUACACUUUGGAAAGAUUAGCCUAACUUCAUUCUUGGCAUUUUUAUUCUUGUUAUUUGAGGUACUUUGGGGAGAUGUGAAUUUCAGUGUUAGCAGACUCAGAGUCAUAAGAACUGCAAACAGCAAUUUGAUUCUAUACUUUUAAUUUGGCCAUCUAAACUCCGCAGUGGUCUAUCUCUUAAGGAUAACCUCGAGUCUUGUCUUUGUUAGGGUCUAAUCAUCCACCUCUCCAGGGCCCAUCCCCCCUCGGGUAAUGGAAGGAAUGACUAAGGAGGAGGAGGGCUCUGUGUGGCUUGGAAUGUUUUUGUGAAAGCAUUUGUUGACCAUGAUAAUGCAAAUAACAGAAGGAGAGAGAGAAUGAACUCUUUCUGGGUGUUUAAGGGCAAGCUUUACGUUCCUUUGUAGGAAGGGGAGUAAUAAUGUAAAACAACCGGCCCAGAGAAGCUAAAAGCCACUGGUGGCACACGCUGACAAAAUUGAAGCAAAACAAGAGGUGGCAACAAUUUUGAAAGACCAAAAGUUGUGAGUAACUUUCCAGUUUGAUAGUUUAUAAAAAACUUAAGUAAAUGUUGUAUUAGCUAGUUACUUUAAGUCCUCACCUUCCAGUAGGUCCUGUAACUCUAAUUAGGCAUUUGUACAUUUUUAGCAGCAAAAUUGCCUCAACAAAGCCCUGAGUUUUAUUCCCAGAUGUGGCUGAAAAGCAAAGCCAUGGUGUCAGUAUCCUGUGCAAUCUGAGGGUGCGGUGCUUUCACCAGCUGUGUUGUUAACCUUAUUUCCUGGAGGAAGAAACUAAUGAAACAAGUGCCUCACUCCCUUUAUCAAACACUGUAUUCAGCCAGGGAAGCCCCUUUUAACAUAUGACUUCAUACUUGAGGAAAAGGAGAGUUGACAGCUGUAUUUAAAAACCCAUAGAAAUAGUUUAAGAAGAUGGUUCUGAGUAGACUAGAAAUUUGUUUGCCUGAAGCUAAAGUGUAUCUGUAAUGGUACAGCUCUUCCAGGGACAUGGGAAGUCUAUCGUGGGAGAUACCCAAAACCUGUUUUACACUGGGCUCCUACUGAGUUUAGUCAUCAGAGUUGAUAGCAGGGUCUAACCCAGGAUUUCAUGCUUGUAUCUUCGUAAGGCCAUGCUUCUGACAGGUCUAGGCAACCAGGGGGACAACUUAGGUUAGUGUGCUAGUAUUGACACACCUCAUCCAGCCUUCUCACUUUGUAGAUGGGAACACUUAAGGAUUAGAGAGAUUAAAUCUUACCCUCACCCCACAGCUGGUCUCUGACAACACAGGCUCUAGAAUUCAUGUUUGUUUGUUUCACCAGGCUGCAUGAGACUGACCUUCCAGGCAUUCUUACUGAUAGUCUUUCUAUUAUACUAUUGGAUCUUUAUUCAUCCACCUAUACAAG